AUGGUGGCCGUACCCGUUAUUCUUGAGGACACAUUCACGGUUACGGCCCUCAAUCCGGACGGAGUUGUCUACAUUAAGGUGUCGCGAAUUCAGUGCAAAAAUGAGCGCGGGAAUAUCACUAUCACAUCGGAUAUAAACACCGAAGAGUUUCCGGUGAGUCUAGAUGAUCGUCUCACCAUCAUGCUGGCGAACUCCAUUGAAUUAUCCGGACAGUCUGGGGCAAAACAUUAUGACCAGAGCGUUUACCACCGCGAGACACGCUUGCAGGAUUGCGACUACGCCAUGCAUGGUCGUGUGUACGGCCAUGAGGUGGAUGAGAGUAGCUUGGAUGUUAAGGUACACAUCAGCUGUGGUGGACUUUUGACGCAAGUUAUCGGCACACCGCAGAGCUUGCGGGAUAUUCACUAUAAUAGCGAUGUAUACAUCUUGAUAAAACGCGUUGGAAAAUGA